AUGCACUCCAUGGUUGACAAAAUGGACAUGUCUUUGGAAGAUAUCAUUAAGCUAAACAAGAUCCAGCAAGGACUUCAUGGCAGGCCUGAUUCCUGGGUGAAUAGAGGCACUGGGCCUAAGAGGUACAGGCCUGCCAUCCAGCAUGGCAGCAGGAACAGGCUGGCACCAUACCACAGACCAAAACAACUUCCAGACAAGUGGCAGCAUGACCUCUUUGUUGGCAGCUUCAAGGCUGGAAACCACAUGGAUACUGGUGGGAAGCUGCUCCUGUCAAACCUGCACUUCGGAGUGUCAGAUUAUGAUAUUCAGAAACUCUUUGCUGAAUUUGGAACGUUGAGAAAUUCUGCUGUGCACUAUGAUCGCUCUGGACAAAGUUUAGGGACAGCACAUGUGCACUUUGAAAGGAAGGCAGAUGCCCUGAAGGCUAUGAGAGAGUACAAUGGCGUCCCUUUGGAUGGCUGCCCUAUGAACAUCCAGCUUGUCACCUCACAGAUUGAUACACAACGAAGAUAUGCACAAAGAAGAAACAGGGGCAGCAUGACAAGUAACCUUGGCUCUGGAAGGUUUGGUGGUGGAGACACCAGAAGAGGGACACUUGGAGGCAGCCAGGGAACAUGGAGAGGCACCAGCAGGAACUCGAAGCAGCAGCAGCAGCUAUCUGCAGAGGAGUUGGAUGCCCAGCUGGAUGCUUAUCAGGAAAGGAUAGACACCAGCUAA